AUGAACUCAGCUUCUGUAGUGGACAAAGCAACACAAUUCUUCAACCUAGAUUGCCAAGACAUAGCUCUCCCUGCAAAGCAGGGCUGUGAGUUUCCUUCCAAGGCUUCAGAACAGAUUCAGUUUUUUCAGCUUCUUGGAGAAAAGGAAAAAGAGGGGCAGCGCAGGAGGGUUUCCAUUCCCACGAGUCUUCACCAACCGCAAGCCUUCACUAGCGUGACAGCAGCUUGCAACCGCAAGUCUUCUUUUUCAGCAGCCAUGAGAGAGAGCAUCUGUAGAAGGGAGUUCCUUCAGCCGCGUGGGAGAGUGAGGCUGCACGAGAGAAGGAGACGGCAGCAGAGGUUCGACGUUGGGGGGUCUACAAAUCCAGCGGAGGUUCACGCACUAAUAAGGGAAGCAGAAAUGGCACGUUCUGUGUGUUUGGUAGCAAUUGCAUGCGCUUUUGCCCUUCUCAUGGCUUCUUCAAUGGCUUCUGCCGGAGUUGUCGAAUACACGUUCCACGUAUCAAACAUGACAUUAAAGCGACUGUGCAAUGAUCGAGUGAUAACUGCGGUGAAUGGGAGCCUCCCGGGCCCAACCAUCCAUGUCCGAGAGGGCGACAACCUCCUCAUUCACGUCAACAACAAUUCACCCUACAACCUCACUAUUCACUGGCACGGAAUUUUUCAAUUACUAAGUGCGUGGGCGGACGGACCUGCAUAUGCAACUCAGUGUCCGAUACGUCCUGGAAAUAGUUAUACCUACAAUUUUACUAUCACCGGGCAGGAAGGAACACUUUGGUGGCAUGCCCAUGUUCAAUGGCUGCGGGCAACUGUGUACGGGGCACUCGUCAUCCAACCACGGGCAACCCGAUCCUACCAUUUCCAAACCCCGUAUCAAGAAGUUCCCAUUCUCUUCGGAGAAUGGUGGAAUGCUAACGUUGUCGAUGUGGAGAACCAGGCAAUUGCCAGUGGCGGUGCGCCAAACAAUUCAGAUGCUUUCACCAUUAAUGGCCUCCCGGGCGAUCUCUAUCCAUGCACUUCCCAAAAUGAAACAUACCAGCUCAAAGUAAAGUCCGGGAAAACCUAUCUCCUCCGCAUUGUCAACGCUGCACUCAAUAACCAACUCUUCUUCAAGAUCGCUCAACACAACUUCACAGUCGUCGCCAUCGACGCCUGUUACACCAACCCCUACAGUACAGAUGUCGUCGUCAUUGCCCCCGGCCAGACCACCGACGUGCUCCUCACAGCGAACCAGUCGCCGGGAACUUACUACAUGGCAGCCAGACCCUACGCCAGCGCCCCCAUCCCAUUCGAUAACACCACCACCAGAGGCAUGCUCGUCUACGACGGCGCAAACUCAAGCCAAACCCCACCAAUGCCCAUCCUUCCAGCCUUCAACGACACCCCGACGGCCCACAAGUUCUACAGCAAUCUCACUGCGUUCGUAAAUGGGCCUUUUUGGGCCCCUGUACCAACGCAAGUGGACCACAACAUGUACGUCACUGUUGGGCUGGGCCUGGUCCCGUGCGGAGGCAGCGGGAACGGGUCCACCUGCCAAGGCCUGCUUGGGCAGAGAUUCGCUGCAAGCAUGAACAACUUCUCGUUCCAGUUCCCCACAACAAGAUCGAUGCUGGAGGCCUUCUUUUACAAUCUCAGUGGGAUCUACACCACUGGAUUCCCCGACAAUCCCCCGACGACGUUCGACUACACCAACGCCAACAUCAGCACAGAUCAGUCGUUGAUCAUGACCACCAAAUCAACCACCGUUAAACAGGUGGAGUACAAUUCGACGGUCCAGAUCGUGCUCCAGAACACGGCCUUCGUGACGGUGGAGAAUCACCCCAUGCACCUCCACGGUUUUGACUUCUACGUGCUGGCUCAAGGGUUUGGGAAUUACGACGCGAACAAGGAUCCGAAGAAGUUCAACUUGCGGAACCCGCAGGUGCGAAACACCAUAGCCGUGCCGGUGGGAGGAUGGGCAGCCAUCAGAUUCAGGGCGAACAAUCCAGGUGUGUGGCUGAUGCACUGCCACCUGGACACGCACCUGCCAUGGGGACUGGCGACAGCAUUCGUGGUGAAGAAUGGGGGCACUCCUGGGUCGACGCUGCCGCCGCCGCCGGCGGAUCUUCCCCGCUGCUAGGUGUUCUACCAGAAUUCUUCACUUACCCAUUGCUUCGAUUUGUCAUUUAUUAUUUGUUGUUUAUAAUUUGAUUUGUUGUGAUGAGGUUCAGGUUCAUUUCUUUAGUUAAAUAAAAGCAGCUUUGAACUAA